UGGCUACCGAAAACUCCACCUUCGACAAUAUGGAUAUAAAGUUUAAGAUUCAUGACCAGGAGCAGCAGGAUUCAACGCAGCUGCUGUCGGGCAGUUUAUCAUCAGCUCACAGAGGCAUUGAGAGGCUGAUCGACCAGUACCUGGGGCCACUCUAACCAGUACGCGGGUACGCGGACCACACGCGGCCUAUGCUGAUCAGACAGGCUUGCGAUCUACUUGUCUGCACAUAUCAUGGUGACCUGGAACGCUUCGAGACUCAAUUUCUGUGUCCGGCAACAGACAUCGUCCGGAAGCUACGAUGCGCCUAUCAGCAGGGGAAGAACCUCAGCUGGAUUGACGGUUGGCCAUUAGCCGUCUCCGGAGCCUUGGUGCUCCAUCUAGGCACUUUUGAUGAGUCGCAGGUCCACUCGCAGGAUACAUACCUCUGCAUUCGUCCAGAGCCGCCCACAAACAAACCGGAGCUCUAUGCCGUUUGGCGUGCUGCUGCCUCCGCAUCCGAAGCGAACGCCGCACUUCGUCCUCCGAUUGUCUAUCGCAGAUUGGAUCCACUUCGUGAUCCGAUCACCCCGCUAGCCGUGGAAAUGCUGACAGAAGAUCUGGCCACCCUGUUGCAGAACCUGUUGGUCGGCAUCGAGCGGGCGACCAGUCGCGUGCCACCCGAGAACCUCUCCUUCCCGGUUGUUGGUGGUUCGUCCUCAGUCAGUGUAGCAUCGGAAGACGGUCCAGAAGUCGACUCCGGUGCAGCCCAGGAACCAGGCAACGAUGUGGAAGACACAGGUGAUGGUGCAGAUCUGUACAUUGUCUGCCCCGGAACACCCAAAGUUAGCCUGAAGCGACGCGAGCUGAUCACCAAAAACAACAAACUGCUCAUCAACAGCAAAUACACGCAACUGAAGCGUAGCUCUGUAAUCGCCACUCCGACGGCCGUCACUGCCACCACCGGCAUCGUGGUCUCUUCCUCCCCGGUGUCCCGUAUAGAGCCGGCGGCUGUAGCCGGCAGCCAUGACAGUUCCGGUGUCUGCGGCAAUCAAAACACCACUAACGCGGCGAUCACGAGGCCGCUAAGAAAAAGUGAAAAUGCCCCAACAGCAGCAACAACGCCAGCAAUCAUCACCAAUAGUAAUCAGCAGCAGCCGCGUAAUAAUGGCCUGAGCGUUGCUAUUUGUGACACUGGCGGUGGGAAGAGUGGCGGUGAUGAUAAUCACCAAUCAUCCACCGACGUUGGUACGCCGGUUGGUUCGAUGCCCCUAUUCUGUCUCGGUGGUUCCUUUCCACACAUCGACAGCGACGAGGAGAGCAGCGACGAGCAGAAAAAAUCAGAGAAUGCUCCGCAUCUUCCUUACGAAAUCGUCGCCCCGCGCUCGAUACGCGAUCUGCCAGAGAAACUCUUAACGUCAGGAAUUUCAAUACCAGGAACGCACGAUCGUUCUGGUUCCCCAAUUAUCUAUAUCGAGGUGGAAAAAACGAUCGAAUCGAGUCUAACCUGUUAUGAAAUGGCAACAGUACUACUGUACUACAACACCCUACCGAUCCAAAGGCCUCCGCACUACACGCUUCAUCUCUUAAUCAAUGAGAGCUCCCAACUAUCGUUUCUCGAAACGAUCGAGAGUACCUUGCAGCUCCUGGAGGAUCACCUGAAACUGUCGGCCGUGUUCGUCUCCGGGGCGUACGAUCCGACAACCGCCAUCAACAUUCCGCCAAAAGAACAUCUCCGGCCGGGGAAUGUUCGCAUCCGUUACUUAAACAAAGAAACGAUCAAGAACUUCAUCAGCACCGACAACCUGCCGAUUCAAUGCUGUGGAUUCUACGUGCACGAUCAGCGCGAAUGGAUCGACUUCUUUGCCUUGCUGGAACCCUUGCAGCAGGCGUGUGUCGAGGCGGGCCGGCGGCUGGUGGCGGUAUUGGGUGAUCUACGAACGAUGGAGAUUCAACAGCAGCAAUCCGGUACGGUGAGCACACGACGUCAGCUUCAUUCGCAGCAUCGAGCCCUCAGUCGAGCGCUGAUGGACUCGGAACUGCAGAGUCUACGCCGAAAGGGCCCAACUACUGUGCAGCGCUUGCAGGACAAGCUGACCGUCAUCAACAACAAACAAACGCUUAAACAAACCAAAAAUUUAGUUAGAGCCUAUAGCGUAGAUAGCAAUACUCGUAGUGUUAGCGGAGCUAGUAUUCACACCACGAACGGAAUCGACGGCAUUCCAGCCACUGCCGGUGUUGGAACCAUGGAGCACCAACAGCAGGACGUCAUUUCCGGCCGGUUGACCGAAGUCAUUGCCAUCUACAACGAGGUGGACCGGGUUGCUAGAAAGCUCGAACAGCUAACUGAGCAGCGCCGGGAGCGGUUGCGAGAAAUGACACGCCAGAGGGCACUGGAUGAAGAGAUCAAUGAGGUUAUUUCAUGGGUACGCCAUGAGGGCGAACUGUCCCUGUGUACCUUCAGCGAUUCUUCUGCUCUCGACUGCGCCGAAAUGGCCAAAGAGCGGGAGCAGCAGUUUGAGCAGUUUUACUUUAUUGCCAGUAAACACCUCAGCAAGGGACGCGACCUUUGCGAUGCAUCCGGCGAGCUGGAGGUUAUGCGUGACAAUCUGAAGUUGCUGCAGAACUGUUGCGACGGGUAUCAGGAACGGUUGGAGCGAGUGCGUGAACGGAUUGAGGGUGCAGGUCGACUGCACGCUCUGCUCGGCAUGCAGCAGCUCAAGUUGGAUGAUGACAUCCGCACGGAGAUGCUGAAGCUUGCCGAACAAAUCGAAGCACCGCAACGGUUAGUUGAACGUUGCCGUUUACAUCUAAUGCCGGUGUCAUCGACUACAACCACAACCGGAGCGCUCGAGCAGAUGAACGAAAGCCAGUCGCAUGAACUCACCAGCAAUGCCAGCAGCAGCACUGUCGGCCACAAUUAUAACACCAGCAGUACCAGUGAUAACAUAAGUUUAGAUAUAAGCGUGGAUGAUGACACAAUCACGGCCACAAGCACCCCAGACAAGGCAAAGCUUGGCCAAAUCCCUCAGGAUACUGUGAUCGCUCUGAAGUCGAUAGCAACCGAGCAAACCACAGACCAUUCUAAUCACGAAGAUCGACACCAUGAGGAAUAUGAUCAUCAGACAACGCGACAUCAGCAACGCCAUCAUCACAAUCGCCACCACCAUCACUGCCCCGAUGAAGAAGACGAGGAACUCUCUAAGAUGGCCGACUCCGGACUGGGUGGAUGCGUACGGUGUGAUGGGAACAUGAAGCUGGAGCGAACUUGCUCUUGUCAAAGUUUCGAUGAUGCUAAAAAUGCAUGCAACAAUAGCGACGAUCUAGACGAGGAUUGCUUUGAGGGUAUUGCAAAGCCGUCACUGGAUCUGCAAAUGCCCUUGCAAGCCAAUGCACAUCUCUAUUGCCACGCAUCCAACCUGCAGCUGGACUACGAGGAAAACAAUCCUUUCGAUCAGAAGACGCAAAAAACGCUUCUCUUAAUCAUGCGCGAAAUGAUUGGCACAGAACGCGACUACGUCCGCUCGCUGCAGUAUGUAAUCGAAAAUUACACGCAGGAGCUGCUACGAGAGGACAUUCCGCAAGCGUUGCGCGGUCAGCGAAACGUCAUCUUCGGUAACAUCGAGCGCAUAUGCGAGUUCCACCGGCAGCACUUCCUUUGCGAACUGGAAAGCUGCGAACAUCACCCUUGUAAGGUUGGCGCCGCGUUCUUGCGUCACGAGUCGAAGUUCUAUCUGUACGCACUCUACAACAAGAACAAACCAAAAAGCGACUCGUUGAUGAGCGAAAAUGGGACACAGUUCUUCAAAGCAAAGCAGAUCGAGCUGAACGACAAGAUGGAUUUGGCAUCGUACUUGUUGAAGCCCGUGCAGCGCAUGGGCAAGUACGCUUUGCUCCUGCAGCAGCUCAUGAAGGCGUGUGCAGAGGGACAACACAAUGGUAACCAGGAGAUCGUGGAAGAUCUGGAGAUGCUGCAGAAGGCUGAAGAGAUGGUACGCUUCCAACUACGCCACGGCAACGAUCUACUCGCCAUGGACAGUUUGCGCGAUUGCGAUGUGAACGUGAAAGAACAAGGUCGUUUGUUGCGCCAGAAUGAGUUCCUUGUUUGGGAGGGGAAGGCAGGGAAAAAAUCACUCCGACAAGUGUUUUUGUUCGAGGAGUUGGUCCUGUUCAGUAAAGCGAGGCGAUUCCCCGAUCGUAAGAAUUUGGAUAUCUACAUCUACAAGAACAGCAUUAAAACAUCCGAUAUAGGCUUGACGGCGCACGUUGGUGACUCGCCGUAUCGGUUUGAGAUUUGGUUCCGCAAGCGUAAGCCAGGCGAUACCUGGACCCUGCAAACCAUGAGCGAGGACGUGAAGAAUGCGUGGACUGAAGAAGUUUCAAAAUUGCUGUGGAAGCAAGCGAAGCGCAACCGCGAGGUACGGUUGGCUGAGAUGUCCUCGAUGGGUAUUGGCAGUAAGCCGUGUUUGGACAUUCGACCCAGUCGGGAUCAAAUCAAUGAUCGUUCGAUCAACUUCUCGCAACUCGGUAAAGUUCCAAAAUUGCGCUAUUCGUUCAUGGGAACAUUGCCGGAAUCGAAAUCGAGCAAACGACCUCAAUCGAUCAUUUCCGUCAGCUCGUCAUCGUCGGGUAGCUCCUCGGUUAGUACAAGCACAGGAUCGACGACAAGCGGUUUUGAGGCAAGAACGGUCAGUGUCAGUGGCAACAGCAGUUACGCUUCUUCAUCAUCUGCUUGCAACAGUAGUAGCGGAAGUAGCAACAGUUGCGCAUCAAGCAAUGCCAACAGUACCACGACCAGCAGCAUUACCACAUACAAACGCCUGACACUCAACAUCACAGAUCCGAACGUUCCAGCACCUCUGAAAACGACCUACAAAAAGCACCAACGAUCCACAACACUCGUGAGCCAAUGUUCCACGGAGAGUGGCAUCAUAGCAGAUAUAUCAAUGAGUCCAGACGAGUUGCUGGAUAAUCCGCACUGGCCUCAUCACUCACCAAAGUAUAAUCAUCUUCCAUUAAAUGUCGUCAUCAACAGCAACGUGCUGAAGAAAUCCAACAGUCUCACCGUCGCUACUGGGGCCCUCACACCCGCGGCCACCGUAACUGCUUCCGUCUCCUCCGUCUUGACUACUCCCGCCACCAAUGUCAUAGAGCUCGAUGGCCUUGUGAGUAAGCUGUCGGAACUGGAAACAGAACCCUCACAAGAGCAGCUCACCAGCAAAACCAAUGUAACCUCCACCUCUGAUACGGACACCACCAUUACCGUCCAUUUGUAAUCAUAAAAAAUGUGAAGCUUCAACACUGUUUCCUGUAUCCUUAUGAAACAAGGCGUCUGUACAAACACCAUCAAAACCAAUAAACCAUGUCUUUUAGAUACUCUGGGAGGACUGCAACCUACGUAAACAGGAUUGUAAUUGAGUGCAAGCGUUGCAAGCGUUCCUUCGAAAGUGGUAACUAAAUGUUCAGCAACUACGUUUGGGAAUGAACUAAUUUAUAUAGCGUUUAAUAAUCAUUCUAUUGGUAAAAAGACGAUCGCUGCGAAAAUUCUAUUAUUAGCAUUUGAUGUUUACGUUUAAUGUUACUACUAUCGUUGCUUCCACUGUUCUUCUUUUUUGUUUCAUCAUUCAUCAACGUUCGAGUACCCGAUACGAAGGGUGGCAAGAAGCUACCAGCACAAAAAAUAUAUCUUCGACUACAAAUUUACCAUCUCUGUUUGGCAAGAAAGAACAGAGUGGCCAGAACAAAGAACCAGCGAAUCGUGUAAACCUACUGUCAGGUCUAAUUUAUUGUACGGGAAAUGUAGAAUUCUAUCUAUGAAUGAGGAUGGUACUCCAAGCAUUUCCAAGCAUAGCUUCCAAGCAUUUCAUUAGCAGAAGUCACGAAAUAUGUAAACGAUCGAUCGCAUCAACUUGCCUCUGGUUUUGUGUGUAAAACGACUUGCCUGAACUUAGAAACGAAAAUGGAUCAUACGAUGUAUUAUUUUAGUUGAAUGCAAUCUCAAAAUAUAUUUCUUACAUUCGACUGUUUGUUAAUAAUAUGUUUACGAAAAAUCGCUCUCACUUAUAGAUAUUUGUGGAUUUCGAACUAGUUUUACUAAGCAGAGUACCGUUAAGUAAGCGAUGAAAGCUUAAAUGACAUAAAUGAUACUCGUAAAAGGGCCACAAAUUAAAACCAACCGUAAACUGUAUCGGCGUCGUAAUUCAUUUCAUACUUUGCUGUAUCAUGAUUAUGUUUUCUCCUUCGAUUGCUCUUUGUACCAUUUAAUUCUUCUAAUGUAAUGCCAAUAUGUGUUU